AUGGUUUGCAAACGAAGCGCCUCAGCUCGCUGCGGGCGCCUUGCGGUCACUUUUCCCUUGCUCUUGCUCUUCGGCUUCCACUGCGUGACCUUCAACAUCCCAAAGCGCAUGCGGGAAGUUGCCCGAGCCAAGGGCAUCAGUGCAAUUGAAUGUUUGCAAGGGGUCAGCGCGGCUGCAGAGGCUUACAGAAAGAGCGACCAGAUCGCUGGACGAACUGACUUCAUCGAAGCGCUGCAGCAGGCUAUGCAAGAAUCAGGCUUGCACCUUCUCAUUGGAGGCAAGUCCCUUGGCAAGACCAAGAUUCUGCGAAAGGUGGUUGAGGCUGUUGGCAAUGAAACUCCGUUGCUCUACAUCAACAUGCGCCUUCCACCCAAGCCUGAGUCAACGGAUGCCUUGGAAUGCCUUCAAGUGAAAGCACAACAAACCUGGAGUGCAAAGAAUGCGCCCGCUUGGGUGGGGAGAUCGGCUAAAGUCAUCAUUGCCCUUGCUCAGGCAGUUGGCAAGGAGAGCUUGAAGAAGGGUGCUGCGGAGGGUGCGGUGGAACUUGCUUUUGCUGAGUUGCUGAAUAUGCCGGAACCGCAAGAGUUUCUCUCGGCUUUUGUUGAUGCAGCAGUGGCAAUGAACAAGAUCCCAACUAUCAUCAUCGACGAAGCCAACGGGGCUUUUCCGAACGGGAAUGGCAACGGAGAGAGCAGUUCCAACAGAGAAGCAGCCUCCCGGGCCCUUGCUACCUUUGUGGCAAUAACAAAAGAAAAAUGCCAGGCUUGUGUCAUCCUGGCUGCCUCCGAUUACGCCUUUCCAUAUGGUCUGGCAAAACUUGGCUUCAACAAGUAUGAUGGCCUUGGGACAAUCGUGAUUCCGGAGGUUGAAAUGGAGCUGAUGCUGGCUGUGCUGACAGAGUGGGGUUUGCCCGGGGAUGUGGCGGAGGAGUUCUAUAUGAACUUCGGCGGCAACAUUUAUCUCUGCCACCAGGCAGUCAAGACCCUUCUUAAACAGUUCAAGCUUGGUGCAGAAGACUCCUUCGACCCCUUCAGCGUACGAGGUACCGAGGGACUGGCUGGUUUGGCCAAAGACCCGCUCACCCGUGAGCAUUUGGAGAACCUUGCACGACAGGGGUGGUCCCCUAUCGAGGAAGGCAGCGCAGAAGAGGAGACGGAGAGCCAGAAGGGCGCCCGCAUCAUCGCCAAGAACUUCGGCGGCGUCAUCAACAGAGAGACGGCCACCUUUUUGGAAGACUUGAAUGGCAUGUUCAGCAACAGAAACACGAAACAGGUGCUCAUCCCGGGCACAAGCUACCUGCGCAACUGUAUCAAGGUUGAACUUCAGGCGUGUGAGCCCAGCAGUGCCUCGCAACCACCCACUGCGGUAUGGGUCCGUCAGCUGAGAAGCCUUGAUGGCAAGGACUUUGAGAUCGUCGGCAACGCAUUCAAAAUCACUGCUAGUGUUUCAGAUGCCCACGCCUCAGCUGCGCCACUUUGCGAAGGAUCUACUUCAGCUUGUUUUGCCAUCAGAAAUGCAGCUGCUCGCUUCGCGAGAAUGUCAGGUGGAUGA